GCAGCCAUCUUGCUAGAAAUGUAAACCUUUGUUGAUUCAGUGAGCUAGUGUCGUGUUUUUAUCGGAAAACAAUAUAUACAUAUGCAUUUACAGUGUAUGUCGCGUGGAAGAUGUGAAACAUAGAGGAAAUAUGGCGUGAUAGACUAGAAGAUGCAUGCACUUCAUCACAAUAAAUGGGUGACAUGCGAAAGACUUCCAAAGGCGGUUCACUGAAGUGCUUUGAUCUGCCUGUAAUGUUACGAACGAAGGCGUCGCAGAAUGCUUCGCCCCGUACGUGAAGUCGGGUUUCCAUGGUGGUGAUUCUUUCGCAUCUUUUUUGCGUCGCAGUGCGUAAUUUGUGAAACGCCACAAUGAAGGAUCAAGACAGCGUGGGCCGCGAUACGUGGCUCGGCUGGAUUCUGGAAGCCAUCCGCAAAAUACGACAGCAGAAGCAGCGGCCGUCCGUGGAACGCAUCUCUCACGCGAUCCGCCAGCAUCAUCCGUUCUCUAUCGACGCGAUUUCGGAGCAGCUGGAGAUAGCCGUCAAAGAUGGCAACGUGCUCAAAGUGUUCAACAAGGGUCAGAGUUCGUACAAGGACCCGGGGGGCAUGCAAAAUCGGCAGCUUACGGUGGUCAAGGGGUCGGACCUGUCGAAAGUCAUCGCGAAAGCGGCGCGCGAGUUGAACGAGUCGGAAGGCUCGACGCUGAAAAGCAUCGAGAAGUACAUCCGGCAGUCGCACGCGGUGAACCUGUCCGGGGACGUGGACUUUCGUGCGUUGCUUCGAAUUUCCAUCAAGCGAGCGGUUGCCCGGGGGCUGGUGACGCAGGAUGGUCGCCUCUUCAAGCCGGUGCCGCGGGCGCCGGGCCUGCCGAAAGAGAGCCGCGGCUUACCGUCAUCGCAUGGCGGACGCGCGCUCCCUCAGCCCGGAGAUGCCCAAGAAUUUAAUAACGUUCUUUAUGCGUCGGCGGCGCUGCCCAUCUGCAGCGAGUGCCUGGGCACGGCGUCGCGCAACCGCCAGGGCCGCGCGGAGGCGCUGAGCGCGUGCGCCGGCUGCGGCGCGCGCGUGCACCUGAGCUGCGUGCCGGGCGGCCGCGGCGACUGCCUGGGGGCGCAGCUGGCGCUGGGCGCCGUGUGGCGCUGCGAGGAGUGCGUCGUGUGCCAGGCGUGCCACCGCCCCUCCGACCAG